CGCAAACUUCCCCGACAUGACAUAAGGAGACAUACGAGUAAAGGCAUCAUUUUCCCCGUACAGUACCACUGCUGGCCAAUGCGUGUCUGUCUCGAAGCAAAAUCAGUUUUAAUGGAGAGACAAACACGCUGGCGACUCCCGUGACCGUACCUUGGGUGUUCGUAUGGUGUCGUCAACCUGACUUGGUUUUGUGCCUGGUGCUCCAGCUUCCGACCUCAUCGCUCCGAACAUCAAUUGCCGACCACCACCCUUGCCUGCUAAAUGCACCCGAUCAUUUCAACCUCACCAUCUAGAUAGCUGUCCAGCAUGGUACGAAUUAAGUUCACUGGUCCCCCGUCAACCGUCCAGGUACACGCCCCGCAGAAUCUUCAUCCCCUUGCCUCCAGCAACAGGCCUGUCACUCGGGUCAGGGCGCCAAAUGUGGUCGAGGUACCUCCCAGGUUGACGCUUCAAGAAAGCAUCCAUUUAAAGCAACAGCAGAGCCUGGAGAUGGUUCAGAUAAUGUUACAUGUCUCGUUCGGAACUUUGUUCUAUCUCCGGGAGUUCUUACCGCUUCCAUGCUUCGACGAUCGGGAUCUCAGAGAAGCUCAACGGGAGAGCCGACUCUCGUAUCGACAGUUUAUCGACAAAAAAGCACACGGCGAGGCCCUCGCUCGCAAUGCCGAAGUUCCCUUUGGAAGAGGCAAGCAAGGCCAACCUUUAAAGAUCAUUCUCCGUGGCUCGGAUCCUAAGGCGGAUAUGAUUCUGGAUAUUCUGGAAACCGGCAUUUUCGACGCUCUGAGCAGAAAUGUGCUCGAGGCCGUCCAAUUGACCAUUCUUGUCGAUAAGGAUGCUCCCGACAAUGUACUCGAGUCAUAUACAUUUUCCUUCAAGUAUACCGGGGAGGCUGGUGAUGUUAACAGUCGGCUUGAAAGCCUGUCUAUUGAGCCAGUGGGCUGUGUAGCUGAUAUGAAAUCGGCGCAAGCAGCCAGGAUAGGCCUGGAGACUAUCGUUAGGCGCUUGAUUACUCUCAGCGCCUUCCUUCCAACCUUGCCAAACAAGCGGAACCUGGGUGUUCACCUUUUCUACACCGACGAUUGUCCUCCUGAAUAUGACCCCCCGGGUUUCAAUGGAGCGGCGAAUGAUGAUACGAUUCAGUUUCCACUCAACGACAAUUGGAAAAGAGAAUCGCAGUCAUGUGGACAGAUGGAUAGUGGAUGGCAUACUGUCGGACUCAAGGUGACCUCACUCAAAUGGACCGGACCCGAGUCUGAAGGAUCAGAAGAUCCACCCCAUAUACCCCCCGAUCUCGAAUACAACGACCCUAUGCGGAGAUUGGCGGACGUUGGUUUUGAUGAUAAAGAGGACUUGGUGCGCACCCUGGGCAGCAGACCCAACACAUCGGUGGAGAACCGAUUACGACCGGAUGAUGAUCUUUCUCUGCCGCCUUCUCGGGAAAUCAAUGACAAUGGGGUGUCGACACAAGAUCUCGUAGAAAAGCAUCAACUGCAGAUGAUGUUGCCGUCACAAGGGACAGGUGGCUCAGACAGUGAACUGGCGCCUACUCAACCGCUUAAGCCUAACAUCACGCUCGAGAAUGACAAUGAAAGCCCCACUAAAAGUCAGAAGUUUGCCCUUACGGACGAAAGUAGGCACAAAGUGCAGGAAUAUAUACACCUUCACGACCUCGAUGCUUGGAAAAAGGAGGAUCAAGGCACUGUCAGAUGCCAAUGCGGCUGGGAUGGCGAAGAGGCAGCUAUGGUUGAAUGCGCUUUUUGUCGUACGCGUCAACAUAUGCUAUGUUACGGAUAUGAAGGUGCCCAAGACCCGCGAGUCCCCGACGUUCAUUCAUGCUAUCAAUGCUUGCUCAAGCCAGAAGAAUCCCGAUUGCUUCGUGAAAUGAAUAGCUUGGUGCUCCUACGGAGGGCUGUGAGAAUCAUCCAGGAGGAAGGGUAUCCAAGCAGGACGUCACUUUUCACACAAAAGCUUCAUUGCAACGGACAGACCAUUGUCCAAAUAACAGAGAUCCUCAGAAAGCGCAAAUUUCUCCAACCUACCCCGGGAAAUAAGGCUAAAGGGUUCUUGCGGAAGGGCUUGCCCAAGUUCAUCAUACCUAGCUCGGAGAAAACCCAGCAAAGAUUACAAGAGGAGAUACUAAAUCCUAUGAUCAAGAUCCAACACCAUUAUGCCCAGGAUAGUCCGCAAAAAUCGCACCAGCUAUCCCAACCCGUGACUGGCGAUGAGCUUGAUUCGAUUGCAAAAUCACUGUCCCAUGAGAAUGAAGAGGAAGACUCAACGUCUGAAACACAAGAAGAUGGAAAUAAGACACCUUGUUCCACCGAGGAGCCCACCGAAGUGCUGAACGAGAGCCAGGGUCGGAAGAAAAAGGGAUCAUUGAUAAAUGGACACGGUCAAGCAAACACCACGGAAACUGCUGCCCAAAGUGACGCACCCACUCCCAGGCGUUUCAGUGAUAGAAUCUUGCGGAAGGACAGCAAAGCUCAAGAACAACAAGAAGCUAAAGGUGUUAAGCUGAAGGUUUUCCAACAGCAGACGCCUACUCGCCGGAAAUCAAGCGAAGGCAGUCUUCGCCGCAGCAGCAGAAAAAGACGCAAGAUCAGCAAUUACUCCAAACUUGUCGAUGUUGGCGCCGACAAUUCUGAGAACGACAGCGCUUAGCGUGGUCUUCUCAGGGAUGAUGCCAAGUUCAAAUCCUUGAUCUUGUCUCCCAGCUGAGACCACCGGAGGAAGGUUAAGGAUCCAUAGCCGAUAAUUACAAAUCGAUCAGCAAUCAAUCAGCCCAGGGGAGAAAGAGAGGAACAAGGUGUCAGUCAAGGGAACUCUC